GCGCGCGCCCGCGCCUGUGCUGUGAACCUUCUUUUUUUAAAUUUUUGUAAAGUGACAGUGACUCACGGAUCAUGAGGCUCGCUUUUUGGGUCACAGCUCUGGCUGUGCUCAGUGUAUCAUGCGCCAAGAACUCGACAGCGAAAACGAAACCGAAACGACAGUUGGAAUCUAUAAGAUCGCCGGAAAAUCUUCAAUAUUCCUUAGUUCUUCCCCACUCAAGAGUUACUCAGUUCAGAUCUUUGACUAGCGAACGCAGAAUAUCGAAUUUACCUCCUUAUGCCGUGCAGAUGGAACCAGUAGUCCAGUAUUCUCAAAAAGAUCCCCUCUAUGAUCCAAAUCUGGAUAAUUUAGACGAUGCUUUUGUGAACCAGAACGAACUAUAUGCUCAACCCAAAAUCCUGAAUCUACACCAACCACCAACCGACCAACAAGCUGCAUACACAUAUGGUCCAACUUAUGGAUCUUUGCCUACUGCGCCUUUAUACAGCCACGAACCACCUCCACACUAUUACGAAGCUCCUGAACCUAUUAUCGAAAUCAUCAUAAAAGAAUCUAACGAAUCUCUCCCAGCGCCACCACCUCCCCCGCUCCAGAAAAAGAAAAAGGAACCAGUUCAUGUUUUCUACGUGAAGUACAGCAAAGAUCCCCACAACAAAGAUAAAGUUGUUUAUGAGAAACCAAUUCCUGCCGUCACCCCACCAUCUAACCAUGAAGAUCAUGAUGACCACCAUAAUGAUUAUGUCACAGUAACUCCUGAACCGUAUUAUGCUCCGCAGCAAACAACGACAUUGAGAGCAAUCAUUAAACCUGAAUCUGAAAUUUAUCAUAGUGACAGCAAUGUUAAAAUUAGCUUUGGAAACGAUGGACACCAUUACAACAGUGAUAGACGAGAAAGUAAUUUGCAUUCAGAAGAUCACGAAGAAUCGGCUCCAAAGCCCGCCAUUGCCUAUCCACAGCAAGCAGCGAAUCAUCCGCCAUUAGAACGAUCAGCUUCUUCUCAACCUCAGCCUCAACAGCAACCUCGCCAGCAAUCUCACCAGCAACCUCAAUCCCAUCCCCAUCUACAACCCCAACCACAACAACACCAACCCAGACAUCAAGAAACUCCUAGGAUCCCUUCUGUCCAUCCUACUCAACAAACUUAUAGACUAGUGCCACAGCACGCUCAAAGUCGCAUUCAGUUCCAACCGCCAUAUCUUGGUAACGAGCAACAACUUCCAAGACAAGGACCCUCAGUUUCACCUUUCAGAGGUCAGUCACACAUACCUCGGCAAAAUCCAUUUGGACUUUCGCUUUCACAAAUCCCUACCCAGCAUUUUCCCAACAGUGCACCUACAGUCCCAGGACCUGUCGGCCCACCUUUUUCUAAUGCUUUUCCAAGACCUAGUAAUGGCCCGUCAUUCCACGUCCGUCCGAGUAAUCCUCCAUCAUUUGGUCCUAACUCUAAUUUAAAUGGACCUCCUCGCCCAGGUUUCCACUCUGGACCUCAAAGACCUUUCCAGCAGCCCCAGUCACCUCAAUAUUUUGAUGAACCUAAGUAUCUGCAAGAAAAUUACCACACCAUAACAACUGAUCAAGUAGAUCCUGUGAAAGAACAAUUAUUGCCAAAUAGACAGCGUCAAACUUUCAAUCUUGGCCCCCGACCAAACCCAAGUCCAAAUCCAACUCAUUUCAAGGAAGAUACAAACCGUCCUCAAAUCGUUCCGUUCAGCCAGCAGCUCCCACAACAGAGACCACAUCAACAUUUUACUGAUUCCGCCCAGAAUAAACCCUCCUUCUCUCUCGGCCUCGGUCCAAGUCGACCACCUUUCUUCAACCUUAAACCCUCGCCACCCCACAUCGACGACAAUCGUCAUGUUUUCCAACAACAUCAAGCUCAGCCACCUCAACAACCACCAUUCAGCUUUCAUCCAGGACCAAGACCAACUCCAGAACAACCCCACACGUCCGGGCAAAACUCAUUCUUAGGACACGUUGAGGCAUCACCAUCGCCUUCAGCUAUUCCUCAGACCCAGUUCCUACCACAACCUUCUGCUCCUACUUUAUUUAAUUUCCAUCCUCAGCCAUCACCAACGCCGGAACAACAAUUUUCUUUCCAGUCGUCGGAGAGGCCACAAUUUUUACGCCCGCAUGGCCCAUCAGAAAGACCACUAAAUCACCAAUCUCAAGGACCUUCCGAAAGAACUCCAAUCAAUGUGCAAAACCAAUUCCAUCAGCAAAAUGUUGGCCAGUUUGUUCCAAAUGGAGGAGAACUAGUACCUUCCAUUCCCAAAUAUGAGCAACAUAUCACUGUGUCUAACCCAACAGCUCAACCUAACUACAGCGGAUUUAGUGAACCCACUCCAACCGAAAGCCACUCUGAACAACAAUAUCAACAAUACCAGCAAAAUCAGCAGCAUCAACAACACCAGCAAAAUCAGCAGCAUCAACAAAACCAGCAAAAUCAACAGCAUCAACAACGACCUCAACAACAGUUGCAAUCCCAACAAGUACAACAACAACAGCAGUUUCUUGACCCUGAACAAGAACAGGUACGUUUCCAACUGGCUCAAAACGUUAAAAAACAACAAGAAGAGAUUCAAAGACUUCAGAGUCAGUUAUUGCUAGCCCAGCAACAACACCAACAACAAGAACAGCAACAGAUUUACAAACAUUCAUCAAAAUUUAGCUACAACCAACAAAUACAAGCUACUUCUCCUAGAUCGUACACACAGGAAAGAUCUAAGCAACCUUCUUAUGUAAGCAGCACAUCUUCCCCACCAUACUAUCAAUCUACUUCUAGAACUGUUGAGAUUAAUCCAACCACUCAAAAAUACUCAUCAUCUACUUUGAACUCCAUCAACUCAACACCAGAGCUGAAGAAGGCAGACAAAAAGAAACAGCCAACCAUUGAACUUCCAGACGAAGUUCCUGAUGAUCUUCGCCAACAAUUACUUUCUUCAGGUAUCCUGGAUAACGCUGACAUUAGUAUUUUAGACUACGACAAAGUUGGAGACACUCCUUUGGAUUCACUACCUCCAGAUCAGCUGGCUAACUUCUUUAGUGCAGGAGGCGGUCAGCAACUAGCUGCAAGUGAAAACAGACCUGUUGUUGUAUCACCUGAAGGCGAUCGUAUCCAAUCAAGAAUUGAUGAUGAAGAAGAUGAUCAAGAAAUCGCUGCAUCUGAAAAUAUCCCGAGUUACGUAGCUAAUCCACAAAAACAGGCUGUUGAGAUGAAAGUAGUCCACUUUGACCCAAAAACUGCUGAAGGACAAAAUAUAGCAAAAGAAUACGUUGAAGACGAUGCGACACGAGUUGAUCCAGUAGCGCUAAAUGAUAAAAAAUACAAUAGAUACUUGCCGUUAAAAGUAAGCGGGAACCAAUUUCCCUUGCCAGAAAUUCUAAAAGGAAGAAAAAUAACAUCAGUAGUUGUUUUAGCUCCUGUAGAAACUGAAGUAUUAAAUGGCGAACAUAACAGAGAAGAGAGAGCAGCAAGCAUUAGCUUAAAAGGCAUCAAAUUCAUUGCCGGAGACAGUCUACAAGAUUUAUUGAAAAAGCCAACGAAAGAAAACUAUAAAAAAUGGUUAGAUACAGAAAAGAAGACUGCUACCGAUUUGCAAACUGUUGUUCUACUCGUCACUGGGGACGACAAUGAUGAAGACAGAGAAAUAUUUAUGUACGAUAUUUCUUCCGGCAACGUUAACAAACUCAACGGCGAUCUAUCCGACGCAUUCGUUGAAGCCGCUGAAAACAACUCUCUUAGCAAGGACAUCGAGAAAUUAGCCAUUGAAGGGGAAGGCACCCCAGAGGACUUUGACAACAGAGAUGAUAAGAACGCAGAAUCUUCAGAACACGUGCCAUUUUUAAUAGACUUAUCAGGUCUUAGCUUAGACCAAGAAAACAGCAAUCAAGUGUCAAUAUCAUCAGGAUAUAGUAAAGCAAAACUGGGUAGAUCAUUAAGACGACAUUGACGUUGUGAAAUUUGUACGCCAACAGGCGACUGAUCCUUGUAAAUAGUAGUAGGGUAGUAUUACUAAAUUAAAAUGGCGUGAUGUUGCGUAUUUGGUCGUUAAAUUGUGAAAGUGAUAAUCUUUUGUACAAUAUUAAA